GUCGCGCGCAGUCUGAAGUGUUGCUAUAUUGUUAGCCAGGCUAAGUUCCGAAGUUUUGGUGAAACAUUAAGAGGAUAAGGACUUCUUCUGCUCUACAGUGUGUUUAAUGUAACCGUGACUGUCGUCUUGGUCAUAAAAGACCUCGAAGGAUGUUAUCUUUAGUGCGGUGGAUUGGAAAGCAAGGUAGUAAAAUAGCAGACGUUAGCGACAACGAGGCUAUAUUUGUAGGCUAACUUAAUUCUGGCGUGUGGUUUGCGUUGGAAAGAUUUGUUUUAGAGAAUUUAGGCACAUUUAUUUGUGACGAAAUUGUAUUCAAAGCAACAGGACUUGCUUUGGACAUUUUUGACGGUUAACAGAUCCUGAGCAUCAUGCAUGGGGUAAUGGCUGGCCAUCAAGGUGGAGGUCGGAAAUGCAAAUCAGAGUCUUUUGUGAAUCCAGAGAGAAGGAAAAGGACUGUGGAAGACUUCAACAAAUUCUGCAGCUUUGUCCUGGCCUAUUCUGGAUAUAUGCCCUCAUCUAAAGGAGAAAGUGAAUGGGCUUCAGACUCAAAAUGUGCCAGCUCAAAUCUCCCAGUAGAGAAGGAUCAUACAGAUGUGCACACGAUCCACACAUUCAUUCAGAAGUCUCAAAGUAACGGGGACAUGAACAGCUUCCAUCACCAGCACUCUGAAGGCGCCUCAGCAAAAAAGAUGCACCUGGAUGACACUCGGCUUUUGGACUGCCCUGGUGUAGAUCCUGAACAUAAGACGGACUGGAAACAGAUUUCACCUGGGGUUGUAAGCAAAAAUGAAGGGCACAAUUCUUGUGUUUUGUUAGAAAAAAGGGCACGCAUCAAGCACAGCAAGAAGCAUAAAGGCCCCAAAUCAAGUCCAAAGAAGAUCAAUGGUCCUGUCAAAGUUGAAGGGGACUCCUUUCAAAUGGGUCAUGUCACUUUGUCACGUGACACACAGGAGCAGGACUGUGUUGGAUCCAAUGGAGUAGUGCUCAAAGACGAGCAUCCAAGGGAUGCAGAUUUGAGUUCCAGUGAGGGCGAAACAUGGAUUGCAGAUGAAGACAUCAUGGUGGAGUCCGGUGAUGACUCGUGGGACUUGAUCACCUGUUACUGCGGGAAGCCCUUUGCUGGUAGGCCUAUGAUUGAGUGUAACCAAUGUGGUGUAUGGGUGCACCUGUCAUGUGCCAAAAUAAAAAAAUCCAAUGUACCUGACAUAUUCUACUGCCACAAGUGCAGGAACUGCCCACAUGAUAGGAAAUCCAUGCCCAGGAAGGAUCACUGAAGACUUGGAUUACGGCUGCAGACUAUGUUAUCUUUUAUUUGAUGUAUACAGUUCCUCAGCAGGAGAAACUAACAAUGACAAGUUCCUUGUUUUAUUGUUAGUUUUAAGGAUUGGAUUCAGUCCUGACCUAGAGACAUGGCAAAUCGGUAGGCAUAAGCAUAUGAUUUGGGAAUCAUUUUGAGCACCAUCCAAAGAUGCUGAUAAAAUGCUGGCGCAUUUUUGUGCAGUUAUCCAAUGUUGUAUUAUUAAUCAAUUGCUCUGUGUACUGGUGUUUCAAGUAUAAUUUGGAAUUACUUGCAACAGUGGUGAAUCACUCUCUGCAAAGUUAAGUAAAUUUCUUUCUUCAAUAAAGCCUGCCAUCUACAUGGA